GCUCUGUUGAUUUAUGCAAACGUCAAUUGAUAUAUUCUUAAAAGCAACACCAGAGCACGUAACCUUCUCUACUUAAUGUAGCUAGGAUAUAUAUAAAAUCAUUAAAACACAUUUAGUCGCCUGGUCGCCUCUUACAAUAUCGCUGAAGUUGUGAAUGCCUCAACAAGUAAAGGCGCCCUCUCAGCCACAAUUGGAUUGUCAUUUUAAAUGUAGCUAUUAAGAAUACUUAGUUUUAUAUCCUCCUGGGACUUCCAAACUGUUAGAAAAACAAGAGGGCCAUGAUGGUCCUGAGUCGCUCACCAGAAACAACUUCAGUGUUGGAAUGUCAAUACAUAGUAUUUCCUAAUAUUUAAUUUAAGCAUAGAAUAUGUUUAAGCAACAUGAAAAUUUUAUACAUGUUUAUACGGACGGUUCAAAGGAAGGUUGCAAAGUAGGUGCGGCUGUGUAUGAAAAUGAUUUUACAUCUAUUAUGAGGUUACCAGAUAAUGCAUCAAUUUUUACUGCUGAAGCAAAAGCUAUAGAUUUAGCAUUGUCAUACAUAGAACAGCAUACCCAUGAUAAAUUUGUGAUAUUUUCUGACUCGCUUUCUGUUUUAAUAUCCAUUAAAAAUAAAAAAUCUGACAAUAUCAUGAUAAAGAAACUUCUUUUGCGAUUUCAUGAUAUACUUAAAAUAAAAUCUGUUAAAUUAUAUUGGAUUCCAAGUCAUGUAGGUAUACGAGGAAAUCAAAAAGUAGAUGCUUUAGCUAAACAAGCUUUAAAUUUUCAAAAAACUGACUUAUUGUUACCUGCUUGUGAUUUUAGAACGGCUAUAAAUAAACUCGUUUCAUCUGAAUGGAAAGCAAAUUGGGACAAUGCCGUCUUUAAUAAACUUCAUGAUAUAAACCCAUCUCUUGAUGUGUCACCAUCUCUGUCUUUGUCAAACCGCCAUGAUCAAACAGUUCUUAUUCGAUGCCGAAUUGGACACACUAAAGUUACCCAUACUUAUCUCCUCACGAAUGACAAUGCCCCUUUCUGUGUAGGCUGUAAUGUAAAAUGUAAGCAUUUUCUUCUGGAAUGUCAUGAUUUUUCACAGGCCCGUAACAGAUUUUAUAAUGUAAACUCACUCAAAGAACUCUUUAAUACAAUUCCAUCAAAAAACAUCAUCGAUUAUUUGAAAGAGAUAAACUUGUAUUCAAAGAUCUGAUUGGCUCUUUUUUAUUUUUUUACAACGUUUUACAUAAUCGUUUAAGCCUAUUUUAGCAUUCGGCACGAUAUGGCCAUUUAUGUGUUGACGUGCCGUAAAAUCCAAACAAACAAACAGACAAAGUUUGGUGAUAAUCCAUCCAUUAGUUCUGUAGAAGAAGAUGUUUAAAGGUUUUUCUAUAUUUAGCCCUAGUGACCCCUUAAAGGGACCCAUCAAAAUAAUAUUACCAAAUAUGAUAAGAGACUACCUAAGAAUGCUACAGACUAAGUUUUGUGAUCAUUUAUCAAUUAGUUCUGUAGAAAUAGACAUUUGAAGGUAUUUCUUUUUUUAGCCUAAAAGGGGCCAAUACAAUUCUUAUGAGCAAACUUGAAAAAUUUCAAAAUUCCAUUUUAUUUAGUUCCGCCCAUUGUUUUCUCGUUUAGGGCACACGCUUUCUACCAUACGCCGCUUUUCAUGGAACGGCACGGAAGUGUCACAUUGAAGGUUCCAUGGUAACCGCCGUAUGAACACAUCUGCAGAUGUUUCUUAAUUCAAAAUUUAAGAUUCUUGCAAAUUAGACUCAAUAUUCUUGUUUUUGCUACAGCUGUCUUUGAUUGAUAAUUGUGUAUUGAUAUAUAUCAAGAGCUAAAUAUCAAUGAUGUAUCAAAUUAAAUAGCUUGUGCAGUGGAAAACUGUUUGAAUAUGUUCAAUAAACUGUCUUCUUGGUGUUAUGCAAGCAUGCUUUAUAUUUACAAAUGCAGGAUACCAAAAGGAAGUAUGUUUACUUAAUUUGAUAUCUUAAAGACCUUUGAAAAUUAAAUCCAUUUUUCAUGCAAAGAACAGUGGCUUUUUCCUCUUUACACAAAAUACUGAGAGAUAUUCUCACUGAACAUGAAGAAAUGGGUUUUAAAUUGUAUUGAUUUCUUAACUGUGAAUUGAUCUUGUAUAGAUUGUUGAAUAUCAUUGAUACAAACUUUGACUGUCUCUUUUGUGAAAGAGUUAAUUAUAAUAUCAUUUAAAAAACAUAUACAAGAUAACCAAAUAACAUAAUCCCUAAUGACACCAUCUGUUAUAUUUUCAGACUAUUACAACACCUAAGAAUCAGCGCUACCUACUGCGUAACAGGACUGUAGUAGGCAGUUGUGACACAUCAGAUAUGGAUAUAUCCAUACCGUACGAGGAACCACAGCCCACAUCCACAGUUAAAGAUGAGGGAAUUCUAGGGGAGGAGUUUGGAGAGGAGGUCGCUCAACAAGCGCAGGAGGCCCUGCUGGAGCAAAUUAAAAAACUACAGACUAUUACAACACCUAAGAAUCAGCGCUACCUACUGCGUAACAGGACUGUAGUAGGCAGUUGUGACACAUCAGAUAUGGAUAUAUCCAUACCGUACGAGGAACCACAGCCCACAUCCACAGUUAAAGAUGAGGGAAUUCUAGGGGAGGAGUUUGGAGAGGAGGUCGCUCAACAAGCGCAGGAGGCCCUGCUGGAGCAAAUUAAAAAACUACAGGUGAAAACUGGAUACUGAUAAUGUUAAAAUUUCAUAGUGGUUAAGGUCCUGAACUUCGAAACCACUCGCCUCUCACCCCUGAAGGUUUGAGCAGCAAAAAACAACAUGAUUUAAACCUGUUUUAUGAAAGGUUGACAGCAUGUUUUCUUAGCUUAGCAAACGUUGAUUCCUCAGUGUAUUUGAUGCAAAGUUUGGCAUGUAUUUUGUAAAUCUUCUUCUUUAUGAUUAUGUUGUUUAAAUGUUAACAGAAUAAAUGAAAUCAAUUCAAAAUCAGAAAUACUGGAAAAACCAAAUUGGAAACAUAUUUUAAGCUUAAACCAAAGAACAAACAAAUAAAUAGCUAAAUUCGCUGUGGGUUCGAAUCCAAACAGGGACUUUGGAUUCUUUCAUGUGAGGAAGCUAUCCAGCUAGCUUACGGAACGUCGGUGGUUCUACUCAGGCGCCGUUCGUGCCUGAAAUAAUGCACGGAAGGGCACAUUAGAUCGUCCUCCACCAGUAAAGCUGGAAUGUCGCGAUAUGACCUAUACUGUGUCGAUGUGACGUAAAACCCAAAACAAACGACGACAAGUCCAACAUCAUUUAGCAGCUUAACGACAAAGGACAACCAAAAUCAAAACUUUAUUUUGAAACACAAACAAAACAACAAAUAAACACUAAAUAAACUAUAUAAGAACAGACUACUAUAUAUUACACACGUUUAACACAAUAUUUCUUCUUCAGUGUCUUUACAUUCGUUCUGAAAAAACCUGUUUUUUUAGUUUAGGUUCAGACGUAAAACAAUGGUUGUCGUGGACUUCAAGGCACUUGCCCCUUACCGCUCUGAUCUACUUAAGAAAGCAAUGAAUUAUUUUUACCUAUUGAUAUUCAAAUAAAUUGAUUUCAUAGAACUGUAAAACCAAUAUUUAAUACGGCUGCGUGAUAUGGGUAUACGGUAAUAUUGAUAUAAUUAAACUUGUCCAACUUAAGUUUUUCAAACAUAUUUUAAAUGUAAAACCCGGUACACCAAAUAAUAUUGUAUCUGGUGAAACAGGUGUUUUACCUAUAGCGAUUGAUAUUAAAACCAGAACAAAUUCCUUCUAGGCAAAAUUGGUGAUACCAUAUGAAAAUAAACUGUUGUCUGAUGUGUAUUUUUUAUUGUAAAGCCAUUUUAAACAUUGUGUAAAUAAUUCGAGAACCAAUAACCCAAGAUUCCUUUGACCCACAGUCUUCAUAUUUGGCAUGGAGGUUAGUCAUGAUUAGUAGAUGACCCCUAUUGAUUUUCAGGUCACCAGGUCAAAGGUCAAGGUCACAGGGACUUUGACUUUAAAAAGUUUGUCUGCCCAAUAACUUUAGAUUACUUUGACCCACAGUCUUCAUAUUUGGCAUGGAUGUUGACCAUGAUUAGUAGAUGACCCCUUUUGAUUUUGAGGUCACGGGAUCAAAGGUCAAGGUCAUAGGGACUUUGACUUCAAAAAGUUUGUCCACCCCUUAAGAUUCCUUAGACCUACAGUCUUCAUAUUUGGCAUGGAUGUUGAUCAUGACUAUAAGGUGACCCCUAUUGAUUUUGAGGUCACUGGGUCAAAGGUCAAGGUCACAGGGACCUUGACAAGGAAAAAAGCUUUUCUUCUCAAUUGCUAAAGAAUGUCCUGUCCGCAAUGUAUUGAUUUUGACAUUUUCACAUUUGAAGCAUGUAGAAUACAUAACUUAGCAAUGCACUGGCUUAGUAACCUUAGAUUUGGCAGGGAGGUUGUCCUUGAGCUCUAAAUGGCCACUGUUGAUUCUGAAAAAGUGGUAUGCGGGGGUAUUCACGCCAUGAUAGUGGCAGUUCUAGUCUUAUUUUAGACAGACAAGAAACUCACACUGUUGUCGCUUUGUUAAUUAUUACGGGAACAAUGAAUACCAUGUUUUUUAAUGAUAUGAUUGUAUAGUUAUUUCCCUUAUCUACUCGAAUAUGUUUAACUAGUAUCUUAUAUCCAAAGUAAGGGUGAAAAUACCCAUAUAGAUGAAAGGGCUUAAUCAGAUAUUUUUGCACUUUGGCCAGACACGGGGUUCGAACUUUUGGACACACGACAUUUUAUUGAUAUGCCCCCCAACUACAUAAACAUUCAUAAUAUAAAGUAAACUGUCACCAUUUUAGGAGUAAAGGUAAAAUCAUUGUUUGAACAGGAUUUAUCGAUACACUGUGUCGGGUAGUCGGUGAGAAGACUAACAUGGCGCAGAAAAUAAAGCUAAAAUAGCCGGUUUCUAGCUAACAUGGCGCAGAAAAUAAAGAUAAAAUAGCCGGUUUCUAGCUUAAUGGCGAAACAGGGACAGAUAUUUAAUAUCUUUCCUUUAAUGGGCAUAACACACGCCCAAAUGUUUAGUAUAUUAUUAAGUAGAUAUAUCACAUUGCUAUAAAAAUAUGUUGAAUUUAGUACACAAUGUAUAUGCUAUCACCAUUAUGCGUGCGUCUAGAAAGUUAUUCAGGUUAAAAUGGCCUAUUUCUCAUUUUGUACGAUCUGUUAUUGGGAACAAGGCACAUCCGCUUUAAAAUGUGCGGUAAGAGAAUUUCACAAAAAUUUUAGAUUAUUCUAUUUCAUUCCCUUUUUAAAUUGUUCCAAAAGUAACACUUUUCCGCAUUCACUAUUUGAAAAAAAAAUGUGUACAUCGGAUGCUUUACUCCUAUAUAAAUUAUUACUGUUUCUUAUGUAUGGGUGUUAUAGAAAUUAAAUGGCGGGGAAAUCACUAUAAAUAUGCAUGUAUGAAUGUUACUCAAAACAACAAUAAUGAGCUUGAUUUUUUAAUAAUUUUAACAUCAAUCAUUAGUAACUCCUUCAAUAUAUAUUUUGAAGUUGGAAUUUUUUUGUGAAAAUCCCUUACUGCACCUUAAUUGAUAUGAUUAGAUAGGUAUGUCCCCAUGUAUUAUCAAGUAUGAUAUCACUAUCAUAAAAUGGGGCUAAAUUGGCCAUUUUUGAUCUUGCCCAGACACGGGGCACGAACUCAUUUCCCUCUGGUAACUGACACAAGGCAUACCCCGCUGUUUAUGAUAGGAUUGUUUAUGUAACUCCCUUACCUACACGAAUAUGUAUCAUAUGCAAAUGUAAAAUGCUAUCACUAUUUCAGGGAUGGCAAUAAAGAUAAAAUGCCAAUAAAUAAGGCUAAAAUGGUUCAUUUUCGAAGCUAAGGUAAAAUGUUCUCUAACUUUUGUUCCUCUGUUACCGGAUACAAACUAUACUCAUGCACAGUUAAAAUUUGAUUUUUGUCGGAUAUUUGUAAUUUAACAAUGAGGUUUUUCUUAUGUUGUUACAAAAGAUUAUACCAAAUUGUAUAGAAUCUAACUCCCUAUACGACCAGUGUACAAUUAAAUGUUUUCUGGCUCGUUUAAGUAUACUUUUUUAUACAUUUUCCCUUACCCCUACCCUAUAUCUUUAAAAGCCUUUUUGUUCAGUUAUAUCAAUGCGUUUGCCACCAAAACGAAGCAUUUUUCAAUACCAAAAAGAAUGAUGUAUACAUAGCAAUAUAUAUGAUACGAUAAAAAUCUAUAAGCAGAUUACGGCGGAUUCAAUGGCGGUGUCGCGUAAUUUACGAUUUUCGUCCGCCGUGUUAUAUGUUAAUAAUUAAUAACUGACGCAGUUUUGAUAAUAGAUAAACGAAUUUUUACUGGUAAUAUGUCUAAGCUAAUUUCUAUCGUCAGGAAAAAAAUAGUAUAUUAUUAACAAGAUUCAUGGUUUUAUGUCAAACGCUUUGGGACCUAUGACAAACAUGUCAGAUUCUAAAAUUUUGCUUUCCUUUCAUCGUCGGGUAUAUUUUAUGCGAAAAUACUUUUUGUUGAAGAAUUGUUAGUUUCAUUCCGAAACAAGGGAAAACAAAUAAUAAAAUUCGUUUCUAAGCCUUGAAACAUGCGACAAGAGUGGAUGUCCAAUCUAAAGACAAGCUGGUUCGCCGUUACAUGACUGGAAUACUGUUGAGAAACGUUUACGGCGCUUAUCCAACUCUAAACAAACACAAGAAACAUGGAAAAUCACACCUGAUACAUUUGCCAACCAUAAAACAAUUUCCCUCAAAAUCCCUCAGGUAAUUGGCUAGUGUAACAAGCCAAUCGAAGAACUGGAAUAAAAAAACUUUGAAACAUAGAAAUGAGGGUUAGUAUGGCAGUCUGCCAAUCACGUAGGCUAUUAGUGGUCUUCAAGUCGUAAUAAAAUGAAUCUAGUCAUUAAUCCAGCCAUUAAAUGAACAGAUGUGAUGAUAGGUUAAAUCACUGUUACCUGCUCGAUCAUAAUAUGUUUGGUAUCCAUAGGGACAAAGAUCUAGAAAUCUGAAAUGAAACUUGCUUAAAAAUGUUGUUAUUAUAUCAUCCUACAAACAAUUUAAAGGAUUUUUUGGCUAUUCUAUAAAAGAGGAAAGAUAUAUAAGAUGAGGAAGAUUCAGGUUAGCGUAAUACCCGAUUACAAUUCAAUUUAAUGUAUGGUCUAAAUCAGUUUCUAUCUCAUGCCACUAAGAAUAGAAAAUACAGUAUCUGAUAUCACAAUCAACUUCAAAUUUGCAUUUACCAAAUAAAAGAUGUUGACAAUUAAAUAAUACAUAUACAAUUAUUGAACUUCAGCUCAGCGUUUGAGUUAUGUUUAGGUCCCGACUUACAUUCACCUGAGAACUCCAUGAGUAUGAAACAAUUUAAAUAAGUAGUGCGCAAGAGAUGCCAUGUCGUGGCCACUAGUAACUAAGUCGUGUCCAUGAGAUAAUUUAGAGGUGCGCAUGAGAUACAAUGCCGUGGCCACGAGUUACUUAGUCGUGCACAGGAGAUAAUUAAGAGGUGCACAUGAGAUAUUAUAUCGUGGCCACGAGUUACUUAGUCGUGCACAGGAGAUAAUUAAGAGGUGCGCACGAGAUACAAUGUCGUGGCCACGAGUUACUUAGUCGUGCCCAUGAGAUAAUUAAGAGGUGCGCACGAGAUACAAUGUCGUGGCCACGAGUUACUUAGUCGUGCACAGAAGAUAAUUAAGAGGUGCACAUUAGAUACUAUAUCGUGGCCUCGAGUUACUUAGUCGAACUGUACUGACAUCAGACUGUCAAGUCCUAGCACUAUCCUCUAAGUGCGGAGCGCAAAUCCAGGAGGCUAAUAAAUCGCA